UUUUAAUUUUUACCAUAGUAAACCAAACGCGGCCUUAAAAGUUUACGUUGCACAAAAGAGACGCCACGUUCUGCUCUCCAUUCUCGUUUCGGUGAAGCCUCUGCUCCAGGCUCCGAUUUCGAUUCCUUUCCCCAUUACCAAACCUUUUCAGAGAUCAGGUUCCAACCACCAGGAAAAUGGGUUUGUGGACAUUGUUGGAGGGAUUUCUACUUCUUGCAAAUGCAUUGGCAAUAUUAAAUGAGGACCGCUUCUUGGCACCUAGAGGGUGGAGCUUCUCAGAAUUCUCAGGGGGCAAGUCGAAAUCAUUUAAGGGGCAGCUUAUCGGCCUUAUUUAUGCAACCCAGUACUUAAGAGUACCUCUCAUACUGUUAAACUCCAUCUUUGUUGUUGUAAAGUUGGUAUCCGGAUGAUACCAUGUAAGUUUCUGAAUGAUUGCAGAUAUCAUAAAGAUAAACCAGAUUGCGGGAACUACACAAAAAGAAAAUUUUUCUGAAAGGCUGAAGAAUUUUGUUCUGUGUGCGCUUCAUUUUCUUUUGGGGUGGUUGGGAGGAAGGAUUAGUAAUUUUAAGGUUGUUUUUAUGCUUUAAUAACAAAUCUAGGUGGGGGGAAUGAGGACAUUUUGAAUUUAAUUGAAUGUUACUGUUUGAUUUUUGUAUUUUAUUGAAAUAGCUUUUGCAAGUGAUCAUUCAAAGUAACAUAUAGUUAGACCGUAUGCGGGGUAACUGUUGCCAACGUAUAAACUUCAAAUGCCGCACUUGCUCUUAGUCUAUUUUGUGGUAAUAUAAUUCCCUAUGUACAACUCAAGAAUUUACUUUCAAACCAUAUGUUGUCAUUUGGCAGUGGUA